AUGGCGGUUCAGACAAGGGUUGUGUCGAUUUUCUUCAUCCAGCUAGUUCUUCUUGCUGUUUCAGGCCUGAACCGGGCCAAUGGAGCCGGUCUGCGAACCGGUUACUACGAUGAGAGCUGCCCUGAUGCAGAGACGAUAGCUCUUAAGACUAUUCGCAAGGCCAUCUCCAAGGACGUGACCCUUGCUGCCGCAUUGCUCAGGCUCCAUUUCCAUGACUGCUUCGUUCGAGGAUGUGAGGCUUCAGUGCUUUUGGAUGCAGCAGAGGAAGGUGACGCAGAGAAAGAUGCAUCGCCCAACUUCAGCUUAAGAGGGUACGACGUGAUUGAUGAUGUGAAGUCUGCGAUUGAGAAGAGUUGUCCUGGUGUGGUUUCUUGUGCCGAUAUAUUGGCCUUGGCUGCUCGUGAUGCGGUUCGACUGACAGGUGGAUCAUUUUGGAAAGCUGAAACUGGACGUAGAGAUGGAAGAAUCUCACUUAGCAAGGAGGCAGACGAAAAUUUACCAUCCUCGAAUUUCAACAUAGCUCAACUCAAACAAAACUUUGCAUCGAAGGGUUUAACUAAGAAAGACCUGGCUGUUUUGUCAGGUAACAAUAAUUCAAAUCACGGAAAAAAAAUUAUCGAACUAGAUCUUAUACCAUUUACUCACAGACGAUUUUGCUUUAUCCUGUUGCUUUCAGGAGCGCACACCAUCGGCGUUGCAAGUUGUUUCGUGAUCACCGAUAGACUAUACAACUUCACGGGGAGAAGCGAUACCGACCCGGCCCUGGAUCCAACCUUCGCCUCCGAACUGAAGAAGAAAUGCAAGCCUGGUGGCGGCGGCCCAUUUCUUGAGCUGGACCAAGGAAGCUCCACGAUUUCUGAUGCACAUUUCUACAAAGCUGUGAGGCAGAACAGAGGUCUUCUUACCACUGAUGCAGCACUUCUUAAUGAUCAUGUAACUCGAGCUUAUGUCAACCGCCAGUCCACCUCUGCUGCUGCUGGGGCAACUUUUGGUAGGGAUUUUGGUGAAUCAAUGGUGAAGAUGGGUGAGAUUGGUGUCCUCACAGGAAACGAAGGGGAGAUUAGGAAACGUUGUGCCUUUGUGAACUGA